AUGGACCAGAAGAAAGAUCUUGGAGUCAUGCUCCUUGACUCCCACAGCUCCUUGACUCCCACAGCUGGUGACCCCGACGUGAUCAGCUCCCGCUCCUGCUCACCCGACCCUUCGGUCUUCACGGUGCACCAAUUUCAGAAGGAGAUCUUCAGUCUGCACCAAAUACAGUUGCAGCACCGGCUUGCCCUGGACUAUCUGUUGGCACGCCAAGGAGGGUUUUGCAAGAUUGUUGGGCCAGCAGCCUGUGAGGUACGGUUUCAAGACUUCAACCGGACCAUCGAGGAAGAGUUGAAGCACUUGCACAACCUCAUUGCGGAUAAUGCACUCCGUCCUGAUUGGGACCCUUUUGCUUGGCUAACCUCCCUGCUUCCAGACCCUACUUGGCUCCGACAAUUGAUUUGUGCCAUAAUUGUAAUUGUUGUUCUUUUAAUCAUUGCCUGUUGUUGUAUUCAGUGCCUUCCUAAUUUGCUGCAAAUGUGUACACGUUCUAAGGAAACAUGGCAACGGCGUGCAUUGUAUUAUGCUUAUCAUCAGCUUAAAAACAAAAAGGGGGAGAUGUAGGGGUACAGGAACAAGUAUCAGACAUCACGCUGGCAAACCACGUGACUUGCCUGUGCUGCCUGUACCCUGCAGGGCCCCAACCGAAACUGCUUCGUGUGCAUUGUACUUUGCCCUGCAUGGCACUGUUGUAAAAGGGUAUCAAUCAUUACCUGAGCCAACGCCUGGCUUACAAGGAUAUAAAAUAAAGCACCGCUCCUGGCCCGACAGAGCAGCUUUUUACCCCA